AUGAGCCAGUGGAAGAGAUUUAAGGACCCCAGUGGGAGCUAUUACUAUUUCAAUGCGGUGACCAAAGUAUCAAGCAGAAACAAACCUAAGGAAUACGAGGCCUGGGAGCAGCAGAAACAGGCAUUGACGAGCCCUGUGUUCUGUCUACCGCUAUGCAAUUCGUGGCACUUGGUUAUAUGCUUCAAUGGGUCCAAAUUCUAUUAUAAUGGGGACACCGGAGUGUCGCAGAUGAAACUUGCGGAUGAAGAGAGCGAGACGCUUUUAGGCAAGAUGGAUCGUUCUCUGCUUUCGUUGUUGGUGGGAGUUGCGCGCGGGUUCACGCCUCGGGACGGGCGUGACGUGUACCAGGAAGUGUACAACAUGUUGGUGGAAUUGGCGAGAGAAAACAAGGGAGUGGCCGAGGCUCAGGAGCUUGAAACUCAGGAUUCUGAGGCUCAGGAGCUUGAAACCCAGAAGCUUGAAACCCAGGAGCUUGAAACCCAGAAACCCGAGGCCCCGGAGAAACCACAGAACGUCCUCAUAAGCGGGUAUCUCUCUUCUUCAGACGACGAAGAUGAAGAUGAAGAUGAAGCUGAAGACGAGGGUGAAAGAAGCGACAACGCCCCAGAUGCGGAAUCCCCUGAAAAAGAACACGCCAAUGAAAUGGUCUUCAUGGACUUGCUCAAUGACAAAGAUAUCGAUCCAUACUCCACCUGGCCUCUCCAGGCUAAGAAACUAUUGGAUGACCCUCGUUAUCAUCUGAUACCAGACGAAAAACGGGAAGAGCUAUUCCAAGAAUGGUGCACACAGCGCUUCGAGCAACAAAAAAAUACCCCACAAGAAGAACACCACCCGGAUGGUGAUGGAAACGACGAUGAUGAAAGUACAGAUCUCAAUCCAACCAAAUAUCAUUACUUGGCUCACAUAAUAUCAAAGGCAACUAUAACUCCAACUACCAUAUUCUCUGAUAUUAAGAAGGAAAAUAAAAGGUUAUUCAAAAAGCUACAGAUAAAUGACCAACUCUCCAAAAAGGAACAAGAGCAAUUCACUUCAAAGAUCUUAGCGUAUUAUAAACGCAUGGAUCUCGCUGAGCGUGAAAAAGUAUUCAAAACCAUAAUUAAGCGCAAACUAAAUUUCCCACCAAAAUCGGACCAUUUGUCUUCUCUAGUCUUGAAGGAGACACCAACCGACUCUUUCGAACUAGAGACUCAAUUGCUCGAAAUUGAAAAUGAACUACUUAUCCUCGAUGAGCAAAAAAAUUCAUCUAUCCAAAAUGAAGUUAUGUAUUACGUUUUAGGCAUUAAAGAUAAAUUGCACGCACUAAAACAGGUACUGAAGGAUAAUUACUCUAUAUAA